UCGUACUGAAAACAAGUUCGUCUGCAUGCUGUUCCUUAGUGGUAACUUUAAGCAGAAUGUCGACUAAAGGGGAGUAUGACUGCAUCGUGAUCGGGGCCGGAGUUCAGGGCUCCUUCACGGCUUAUCAGCUGGCAAAAAAGAACCAGAGGACUCUUCUGCUGGAGCAGUUCGUCCUGCCCCACACCCGAGGGAGCUCCCAUGGCCAGACCCGCAUCAUCCGCAAGGCCUAUGAGCAAGACUUCUACACCCACAUGAUGGAGGAGUGCUAUGAGCUGUGGACCCAGCUAGAGAGGGAGGCUGGUGUCAAACUGUACAGGCAAACAGGACUCCUGGUAAUGGGACAGGAGAGAAGUCAGAGUUACCAGAUGGUUAAGAACACCCUGCAGAGGAACAAGGUUCCAAUGAUGAUCCUGAGCAGCGACAACUUCAGUCAGCACAUCCCCCAUGUCAUCCUGGCUGAGGGAGAUGAAGCAGUGGUAGACAUAACUGCUGGAGUACUGUAUGCUGACCGUGCACUCAAGGCUGUACAGGGGCAGUUUCAGAAGUUGGGUGGGGUCAUAAGAGACAAAGAGAAGGUAAUGGACAUCAAGCCUGGCCCUGUUGUGACAGUGUCAACCUCCAAUGGUGUUUAUCGAGCCAAGCGUGUGGUGAUCACCGCUGGACCCUGGGCUAAUCAACUGCUGGCCCACACUGGCUUACAGUUGCCACUAGAGGUGGUGAAGAUUAACGUGUGCUACUGGAAAGAGAAGGUUCCUGGAUCAUACAACGUGAAGCAACGCUUUCCUUGCUUCUUGAUGACUGAGGGCAAGGAAGCCAAAGAGCACAUCUAUGGUCUUCCAUCCAACGAGUACCCAGGCCUGGUGAAGAUAUGCUACCAUAUGGGCAGUGAGACCGACCCAGACCAGAGAGACAAGCAAACUGACAGGUCUGAUAUUGACAUCCUGCAGCGCUACAUUGCCCGCUGUUUUCCUGGCCUGGUCCCUGAACCUGCUGUGGUGGAGAGCUGCUUGUAUACGCUAACGCCUGAUCGUCAUUUCGUGCUGGACUGCCACCCCACCUACAGCAACAUUGUGUUUGGAGCAGGAUUCUCAGGUCACGGCUUCAAGUUUGGACCAAUCAUUGGCAAGCUCCUGUGUGAACUCACCCUGGGAGAAGUGCCCUCCUAUGACCUUUCACCUUUCCGAAUCAGACGCUUCCAGGCAAUGACAAAAUCAUCAUUGUAGAACUGAGACUGGAUACUCAGAGCAUCAACAUAGCAUCACCAAGUCUUAUCUUAUUAUAAAUGUAGUGUGAUUUUCACUUGUCAUUGUAAUUCAGCCCCACAAUCACAAAUGAUGUAUGCUUUGUCUGCCGGUUUAUUUGAUGUGGUCAGUAUGUGUUUCCAUCUCCACAUGAUGUGAUCAGGCGUGAAAGCACUCAGGCGUCAUGACAGUCUUUGGGCCCUAUCUCACCCGGUGCAAAGUGGUGCAGAUGGCAGCGUAACUGUCAUUACUAGUUUUAGACCAACACAGUUGUCACUUUCAUAGCCAAUGUCCACAUGUUGUCAGUAGCAAAUGUACUUGCGCCCAUCUGUGUGUCCAUGGGCAUGUAGGUCUUACCCCCAAAUUCCACCAGAUACGUGUUGGUUGCGUCUGCGCUCCGGAGCGGCAGUGGAGCCGAUACGUUUCAAUUCUAGUCAAUGUGUAUGCUUCCACCCGCUGCGGCUGUGCUGUGUUCCGGCUCCGUCACAGCUGCGGCGCUCCGGAGCCCUCCGCAACAGAUACGCAGGACUUCUAUUUUUACCGGACAACGGAGCACAACGCAGCAAUUCAGCACGGAGCAGAUCGUGCGGGGCAGGAAGUUGUGCACAGAAAAUAAAAUACACAGUGUUCACGGCAGAUCAUAUUCCCUGCACUACACCUUGAAAACAUCAUAAUGGGCGGUGGCAGGCCUGAAAUCAACAGGUCAGAGGUUUUCAGUUGUCAUUUCACCCCGUUGACACUAGGCUUGUGCCGGUUUGAAAAUUUUACAACCGGUUUGAUUUAAAGCC